CAAAGCUGCGUCGUGGUGGUGUUGGACCGUUUCGAUACGGAAAGAACAACCUCUCCCUCUCCAACGGAACGGUGAUUGGCACCGGCAGCGGAACCUCCACAAACACCAACAACAACAACAACAACAACAACACCAACACCAACACCAACAACAACACAACCCCUGCCGACGCACCCGAUGCCAACCGGCAGCAGACCACCACCACCGCCGUGAUUCGAUAGAACAAGAACAGUACCGUACAACAAACACAGCCCGCCACAAAAGAUGGAGGAAGAGGCUCUUGUUCCGACACCGCAGGGAUUGCCUGCGGAGGGGUCCAAGGCGAGGCCCCCCCGGCGGCGGAAGCAUUCUUCCCUCGCCCUCGCGGCCUCGUUUGCGAUCGCCCUCGGAACGGCGGAAGGCUUUGGCGUCCGGCCCCUCCCGGUGGCCCCCCCCGCCUGCCCCGGAAGGGGGAAGCAAAAGCCACCGCAGGGUCCCACCGGUGCUUGCGCAAAGGCACGCGCAGGGGUCGGUUCCCCGGUCCGGGACGACGCCGCCGAAGCACGCCCGGGCCCUUGCCCCACCGAUGCGGCCCACCAAAGGGUCCGGUCCGCAGAUCCCGAGUGGUACCGCGAGUACGUGUCGGGGAUUCUGGGAGAGGACUACUGCGCCGACCGGUGGCCGCGGGACGAAACAGUGGUGUCGGAAGAAGAAGCCGAAGCAGAAACAGAAACAGAAACAGGAGAAGGACCGGCCGCAGCGCAGGAGCAGGAGCAAACCCUGCAAGCACCACCACCACCACAACAACAAUCACUGGAAGGAGACGCGGCAGCGGCACGGGACAACGAGGACAGAGUUCUCGUUCUCGAAAACGAAACACCGGCAACCACAGAGGCAACCAUUCAAAACGAUGCCACCGGAGAGGUUGGCGAGUCGGGCGGUGGCAUCGGAUCUCUGGAAGAUUCCCUGGAGAAGGACGACGCUCCUUUGGUGGCCACCGAGGAUCUGCCGUCCGCGGAUUCGCAUUCGGAAAUCCCCGGUUCUUCCGGGGCUCCGGCGGCGACUGCCGAAGCAUCCAGGGACGGCGACGCCGAACCAACCGCCACCGCGGCCGGAGGCACCGAUCCCGCGCCCGGAACCGCCAAGACCGAAACCAAACGGCAGGCCGGAAGGGACCCCGACCCCCGGGCGGUGGUCUACCGCAACAUCACCGGCAACGCCAUGACGUACGCCCCCCUCUCCGAUCUCUUCGAUCUCGGAUACACCGUUUCGGACCUGGAGCGGAUGCAGUCGGAGUUCCUCUCCAUCGUGGUCCUGGACGGAAGAAACCGCCCCAGCAUGGGCGUCCCGGUCCAGUGGAAGGUCAAGGACCCGGCCGCUCCCCCGGAAACCAGGAUCGUCGACUCGGUCGGGGAAGCCUCGCGGAUCGCGAGCGAGAUCAACCAAGAGGAGCGCAGAGAACGAGACCUGGUCGGCAAGCGCCGCCUCCGGCAGGAACAACGAAAUGCCCAAGGCGUGGGGGCAAGGGAGGGSCCUCCCGCCAAGCCGAAACAGAAACCACCACAACCGCUAGAGAAGCAGCGAUCCCCGCGCAGAACCGCAGAGCCCGCCGGCCGCUCGCCACCCGAGCGGAGGAACCGCAACGGCGGGCGCCGCGGGGAAAGGGACGCGGGGGGGGCAUUCCGGGGAAGAGACCGGAACGAGGACCCGAGGUUGCGGCGGAAGCGCGGAAGGAGGGAAAGCACCGACGGGGACGGAAAGCCGAAGCGGAUCUACAGCGCCCGCCGGGAGGCCCGGCAAGAUUCCGGGCCCGCCCUGGAAGACCCGCCGGACAUCAACUCGCCCGUCUGGGUCAACAUCGAUACCUUUCGGGACCUGCUGAGGAAGGAAUCGGAGCUGCGGAUGAUGUUCCUCGGGGAAGACUGGGACGAAACCAUCGAGCAGGAAAACAACUGGAGGACGGAACUCUACAAAAAGUGGCUCUGGAGCCUCCACAACGGCGUGGGGGAUUCCAUCGUCCCCCCCACCCGGACGGAACGGGCGCAAAAGUACCGGCAAAAGGGACGGCCCCGGCGGCCCGACACCGAGCCCCCCCCCGGGCGGCGGAAGCGGGCAGCCAUGGGCGCGAGCCAGAGGCAGAGCCGCUCCCGGGGCCGGGGCAGCGCACCAAGGGCCCGGAGGCCGGGGGACCGGCCGGUGGGCGGGCCGGGGAGCCAGCGGCGGCCGCAGCGGGCCCCCGGCGAUGGGGGGGAGGAUCCUCCGCGCCGGCCGAGGCGAAGGCCCGAGCGGGGGAGGGAGCCGCCCCCGGACCGAACCCGGGCCGAAAACUAGCCUCCGAGGCGCGGCACAAAAGAAUGCCCCGGAACGCCCCGGAACAAAGCCACGGCCGGGUC